CAAAGCUCCUUUGACUUAUUUCAAGCGUACCAACUUACACUCCUGAUUGAAUCAAAUGCUUAGAUUCAUUUUAGUACAAAAUCGUCAAGGCAAAACUAGAUUGGCGAAAUGGUAUGUACCCUACGAAGACGAUGAAAAAGUAAAACUCAAAGGCGAGGUUCAUCGACUUAUUGCACCAAGAGAUCAAAAACACCAAAGUAACUUUGUAGAGUUUCGCAACUAUAAAAUUGUAUACAGGAGAUACGCUGGCCUAUUCUUCUGUGUUUGUGUUGAUGCAAACGACAAUGAACUAUCUUACUUGGAAGCGAUCCAUUUCUUUGUCGAAGUUCUGGAUGCAUUCUUUGGAAACGUAUGCGAAUUGGACUUGGUCUUCAAUUUUUACAAGGUUUAUGCCAUUUUAGAUGAAGUGUUUUUGGCAGGAGAAAUAGAAGAAACUAGCAAAAAUGUGGUUCUAACAAGACUGGAUCACUUGGAUAAGUUAGAAUAGAUAUGAAGAGAAACAAUACCAAUCUGUUAGAAACCUACGUGGCAGAUUUAUACCUUUCCAUUACAUUCAGUUUAAAUUAUCGCUAUGAUUAAUCCAUUAAUAAAGCAUUGAUGCGGUCAGUAAAGAUUGAGUGGCAUAUAUUGUUACUUGAUGUAUUAAGGCAUUCAAUACAACUAAAUAAAGUAUAAAUAACUAUGCAGACUUUGUAAUUCUACAAGCAGUAAAAAAACCUAAUGGGGGUGCGUACAAGCAAGAGAAUGAACACCGGUAGAAGAAGUGUAUAUGGAUGAAUCAACUUGAUGACGGAAGUUCGGUCUGUUAAAGGGACUUACAGCGAAAAAGGGCUUUCAUUUACACAAAUGAUUUGCAUUGUUAAUCCCGGGUUUUAAUUGGACAAGAGUUACUAUUUUUGUCG